GCAUUUCUUGGACGUGUUUUUCACGCCAAUCACGAUCAUCGGACGGCCCGUGUAAAGAACAACCGAUUUCAAAUCACUCGAAAGGACGAAUUUAGUAAACGCCUGGUAAACGAUGUUGUUGCUUACUCUGAUUUCAACAAACUCGACGAAAAACACAAGCGCAGAAAUGUUGAAAGAAAAUAUAGAAAAAUAACACGGGGUAAGAAAGCACGAAGAAGGAUUGGAUUCGCUGGACACGGCGGGCAAGGAGGACGUGUACAGAUCCCAAAGAUGGAGAUGAGGGAGGUGCAAAGAUGGAAAUUAAAAAAAAUAAAGUUGAAUGAGACUUUAAAGGCAUGAUGCCACACAACUUCUUCACCCAAAACUACUCUUUAACGAACGGAAUCCAAACUAAAAAGACAUUCCUUCCUCCUUCAACCUUGAACGCACUUCGAAAAGCUUUGACUGUUCAUCCUUUUAAAACGUGGAGACUUAAACAUGAAAUCAACUCAAUGAAAGACAUUCACAUUGACGAGGAUAAACUUUACGCAGCUAUUUACAACGGUUGGAACAAAAGAUUGACACAUAAAUUACAUAAAGUAAUGCAAGGUGAAGACGUGUAUUUAGACGUGUUUGGGGGCUCGAACAGCGUCGGAGGGGCGCUGGUGAAAGAUAAGGGGGAAAUUGACGGGAGGUACACGAAGGUACUCGCGGAUUGGUGGGAUAAAUCAAUCACACCAAUUACUGGAUCCCAACUAAAACUUCGGGAGAUUGCAAUAGGAGGCACAUCAAGCGAAUUCUUUCAAUUCUGUUAUGCUUCAUAUAUUCAUAAACAACUUGAUCUAGUUUUCAUCGAAAUGGCAGUGAACGACGCAAAAAGAGAACUACCAGGGAAUGCUAACACGAGUCUGCCGUUAGAACAGUUCACGCGACAAAUAUUGACGUAUCGAACUGAGCCAGCUAUAGCUUAUAUAAACCUCUUCAUUGGCCAAACCUGCAACAAUUCUUGCAGUAGUCUUGAAGACGGCGGUCUACUUCUUUUGUCUAAAGCUUACAAUAUCACAUCAUUGUCCUGGCGCGAUGCUGUGUGCUCGGAAAAAGCCGGAGUCGAUCGAACAAACCGAUGCAGCAAGUUCAUUGCUUCAGACGGCGGGCACAUCAGCCAGAUUGGACAUGCGCAUAUUUCGCUGAUGAUUAUCAAACUAUUGCAAACCAUUUUAUUGAAGCAUAUCUCAAGUGUGACCCGUGUGAAAAAAACGACGCGCACCUCAGACGAGUCUCGAGGCAGGAUCUCGCGUCAGAAGAUCCCCUUACCUGUUUUUAUUCAAAAUGAAAGAAAUAUUAUCUCGAAACCUCUUUGUUGGACACAAUUGUCUCAGAAUAUUACAAAAGUCCUAAGAAAUAACUUGAAUGUAGCUGUGAACGAAACUAACGGCUUCUACUUGAAGACUACACAUUUUGGAAAUUGCAAAUGCGCCUGGUGCCGAACUUAUGCGUACACAAGCUGGACAGGUCGUACCGUAGGCUCAAACAUGACAUUCUCAUUUACAAUCCCGGGGGGAGAUUCGCGCAAGGAUGGUAGCAAAACUCGUCGGUCUAUAGCUAUCGCCUUGAGGGCACUCUGGACGUAUGGUGCUGCAAAUGUGUGGUUAGAUGAUGAUGAUAAUCAUAAAAAAUUCGUGAACGCAAAAAGUCGGUGGGGACGAACGAUCGUGCGAAUGUUGGCUUUGCGGGUAGAUCCUGGACAGCAUAGGUUGCAUGUUAGGAUAGUGAGGGAGGGUGAGGUGUCUAUUCUUGGGAUAAUGAUAGGUCCUAAUGGUGGACCAUAUCCAUCAGACUGAUGAACAUGUCAGAGGAGAAGUAGAAUGGAGAAAAGAGGAAGCCUUAGUAACAACGUUUUUGGUUAGGGAUUUUCGAACAAUAUUUUCAAAUCAAAUUCUACCAAUGAGAUUGAAUAUUAAAGGGGGGUAGUGAACUAAUUUGCUUACAAAUGCAACAUUUUAACAAAUUGAGAAACAGACUUCAACAGAUACAGAUCAAAAAAGCUCUGAUUUUACACUACAAGCAUGCAUAAUCAAUUAACCGGUGGUUUAGUGUUAUUCUUCCUUGGUGUCAGAAGAGUUUCUUUCGCCAGCAAAUGUCUUUAAAAAAAAACUUUUCUGGAAACUGAAAACCUGCGUAUUUUCUACUCUUGAAAUGCCAUAAUUUUAACCGUCUUUCUUUAUCUUGCGUUUACGAAAGAUAUACCCCAAAUUUCACGAGCCCUCUUGUGAAACGAAAACAUAUGUAUCGUAAUGGCAAUUACUGUAUAUAUGACAGUAUUGGACAGUUUGAUAUACAAUUCAGCGUGAGAUCUGACUGGUGCCGCAAUGUUCCCUAACAGAAAUUAUAAACAGGUUAUAUGUUCGUGAAGGAAUUCUUAUCAUUAUCAUCCUGUGUUAAUUUUUUUUUAUCAAAUCCAGGACGAGGAUAAAGAUAUGUGACAUUUUGAACAAGGUUAUGAUGGCUAUACAAUAUGAUAGUCGAUCAGCUUGACUAAAGAUCAUCUCGCGGUUUAUUGACAAAAUACCGACUCAAAUAACGUGAAUUGCAAUGAAUAUUCAUCCCGGGGUGUUUUUGAAAAUCUUUAUUUUGAUAUUUCACAGACAGUUGGUAGAAAAUGUCGAAAAUUAUUUUCAAACGACUAAUCGUAAAAUCUCGUCAGACGCGCUUCUUUCUGAACAAACUUUGAGGAAUCUUUCGGAAGCAUUGCGCGUUCCACCAUUUAAUAUUUGGAAACUGAAGGACCGCUUUACCUCGAAGCAAGAUUUAGGAAUUGAAGAGUCAAAAUUGGGGAAGAUC